CAAGGCUUUCUGUGUUGCAGGAUACUGCAUAUAGAUCUAGGCCUCCACAGUGAACUAGCCUUCAGGCCUAAACUGACAAGAAGGCCUACAUUUUGCAAAGUUUUCAGUGUGUCCUAAGCUACCCAUCUUCCUUGGUUGUUGCAACUUACUACAUCUUCAAUCAAACUUGGAAAGUACUUUUUGUGACAUCUUCUUCACAAAAUAUUGUGUAAGAUCCACUUCUCAGUUGGAAAGCGAAUCACCCUUAGAUGAUCAAAGUGCAAUGUUGUUGUUUUCUAUAGCUCAAGUUUUGCUAUAGAGUUUCAUUGAAAGCAUCACUUUUGAUUAUGAAUGGAAAGUAACAUUUAUAACUCCAAUUCAUUUGCAAACAUUUGGGAAACAAUCAAGGUUCAAGGAAUCACUCAAGGAAUUACCCUGCAUGGGAAAAAAGAAAUGUCUUUGCAAACUGGAAUUCUUGCUGGAAGUAUGUGAAAGUGGUCUACAUGAAAUAGACAUGGAGUGACUGUGUACUCCUCAAGUGUGAAUCCUAAGGUUUUUUCAUCAUACAUAUCAGAAGAUUAUCAUCAUACAUGCCGACUGGAGUGUUACAAGCGCAUCGUACAGUAAAGUGAACCGGAUGAUGUCAAAUAGUCACAGAUUUACAUAAUAAUUCAAGUACAACUUUGUGGCUUCUCGUGUGUCUUUGUGGGAACAAAUUAUUAUGGACUCCUUCAGAGGCAAUUUAAGAACCUUCCCGUCACAACUGUUCUGUUGAACAGUACCAAAGUUGUCUGGACUAUGAAAGAGAUUGAUAAUCUAGCAUCUUGAGGGUUCAUGGUUGUUCUAGUGGUUAUUUUUCUGUGACAUUUGACUUCCACCAGACUGUUUAUCACAACAUUUUGAAUUCAGAGAAGAAGAUGUUUACAAGAAGUAAAGAACAUUUUGCUCUGAAGAGUAAACAUCCGUGCAAUGACCUAGGAGCUGAGCUAUCCAGGGUAGUAGGAGAGCUAGAAUGUGCAAUGGAGGGGCGCAAGGUCGGGGAUGUCUUUCGCAAGCACAUAGAGUCUGCUGAGCAUGAGGUGGAGAAACUCACUGAGGCAUCCGAAGACAUCAAACAGAGAACAUUACAGGCUGUGCAAGAGGUGGAGAGCCUGGACCUGGACAGCAUCGAAGCCCAGUCACCCCAGAGCCACCGGACGACGCCCAACGGUCACUUCAGCGGUCACCACCAGCUCCACCUGGAGACCAGGAGACGGAGCUCCCUGGAGCAGGAGGUGACUCUUCUCCGGGACGAGAACGAGACGCUCAACUCAUCACUGAGCAUGAAAGAGGAGGAGAUGCACAAGCUCAAGGCUAGCUUCAUGGGUAUCAGGGAUGAGAGAGAUAAACUCAGGAAAAAGGUGAGAGAGCUUCAGAGCAUCCUCCACGCCAACAACCAGAAACUGGGUGGCUACACCUCUUCGUCCUCUGCAGAACAACUCAACUCACCCAACCCCCGACACUCACCCCGUCACUCCCCCGGUCCUUCCCCCUCUCAGUCCGCCCAGAAUGUCAACCCCAGCACUGGAGAGCUUAGUCUGACCGGUAGUGAUCGCAGGACGGACAUCCCAGUGGCCAAAGUGGCCGAGAGGGUCAGGUUAAAGCAAUCCAGAUCAGCCAGUAGCAGUAGCAGGAGUAGCAGUGACCGCUGUGUCCUGGGCUCGGACAUCAGCAGUAUAGGGAUCACGAAUCCCAAGGUAGCUGAGCACCUAGCCCAGACCUUACAAUCCUGCUCCAGUAUGCAAGAGAUUCUCCAGACCCUCUCAUCCUACGGUCUUUCCAUCCCAGAGCACAAGGCCCGCGAGAUCGAGGUCGACCUGGAGAGACUUACCAGUAAAAUUGAACACUUGCGGUGCCAGAACGAUGUCCUGCAACUCUCGCUGGAAGAGAGCAAGUCCAACGCUGACCGGCUGACCAUGUUGGUGGGCAAGUACGAGUCGAACAACACGGCGUUGCAGUUGGCGGUCAACUACAGCGAGCAGACCAUUGAGGCCCAGGAGGUUGUGCUGGCAUUGAAGGAGAGUGAACAGUCGGUGCUUCUGGCCAACUGCAAGGCCGCAGGAGUUGGACUAGAGAGCUCAGAAGGAUCAGGUGAGGACUCGGAGGAGACGUCCUCGAUGCUCAAACGUGUCCAUGACAACCGGAAAGUAUCAGAGAAUGUUGCUAAGGCCUUGUUGCAGAGGUUAGACAGGAGCUGUGGUACGAUGGUAUGCCACGUACCACUACAACCAUGGGAGGAUCUCUCUUCACAUAGCCAUACAAGCACCACAAGUUCAACGGCAAGCAGCUGUGACACAGAGUUCUCAAGAGAGGACGAGCAGCGCCUCCGUGACUACAUCCAGCAGCUGAAGAACGACAGGGCCGCCGUCAGGCUGACCGUGAUGGAGCUAGAAUCCGUCUAUGUGGAUCCCCUCAGCCAGGAGUCUACUCCCAGUGGUGACAGUCAGAGACUGGACCUGGAGAAUGCAGUGCUCAUGCAGGAGCUUACAGCACUCAAGGAGGAGAAGGCGGAGCUAAAAGCACAGUACUACCUCCUGGACAAGGAGAAGAAGACCCUGGAGCUCAAGCUCAGCUCCAGGGAAGCCCAGGAGCAGGCAUACAGGGUCCAGAUUGACCAUCUCAAAUCAGAGGUCAAGGAUUCUCUGAGCUCACCUUGGGAGGAGCAGCCAUCGUCGCUAGGAAGGCAUAGGAUAGACGUCAUGAUGAGGAAUGGAAAGGUGGAGAUGGAUCACCACUCAAGGCAGGGCUCGACCAGCAGCAGCGGUGGAGGACCAGGAGGCUGCGGGGGCGGUGGAGGAGGUUCUGGAGGCACCACCCCUGCCAUCACUCUGGCUGAACUGAGCAUGCUGGAGGACCCCUCCCUCCAGGUCAACGCCGCCGAGAUGCUACGCAGGGAGAAACGUCUCAAGGCUCGCAUCCAGGAACUGGUCCUGACCCUGGAGAAACUUCAGAAGAACUCUGAGAUGAGACACCAACAGUCUGCAGAGUUUGUGGCUGAUCUAAAGAGGGCUAAUAGUGCUUUGGUGACAGCGUAUGAGAAAGCCAAGAAGAAGCACCAGAGUAGGCUCAAGAAGUUAGAAGCGCAGAUGAUGGCCAUGGUUGAGAGACACGAUACACAGGUGCGAAUGUUGAAGCAGAGGAUCGCACUAUUAGAGGAGGAGAAUCAUGCUUCCAGACCGCCGCAUAAUGAGACGUCGUUAUGAGAAACUCCGACCCUGCCCGUGACCCUAAUCAGACUCGUGAGAUACCAUGGCAGUCUGUGUGGAGCAUUCAGCGGAAAUAGACUCUUAAAUGUAAACCAGUAUGGAGUUUGAGGAGAGAAAUCGUAGGAAUUAUGACCAAGCCUGGAGAAAACUUUUAUGUGAGCCGCGGAUUUUUCAUUUCAGCGUAUUAAGUGGAGCCGUCCCCGAGUUGGAGAGAUGCAUAAAGAAUGGCUGUCAAAAGAUGCUUGCUGGCAGACUCUUAAUGCAUUCAGACAUGAUGAUGAUGAACUUUAUAUUGUUAACGUGGCUUAUGAUUAAACCUUCUUUGAAUCACUAUUUAUUUCAUGCAAUUUUGUUUCGUAUGUAAAAGAGAAAUUAUGUAAGAGCUGUAUUACAACAAAGAUUAUGUUUUCACUUUGAUUUUAUACAGUAAACUGUUCCCAAUCUUCCUCCAACCAAUUCAUUCUCUCAGUCAUGCUUUUAGUUAGAAGGAAGUAAAACUGUAAUGACACUGGCAUUUUAUUCAGAUGAAAAAUGGACAAAGGAAGGCAGCAUCCUCUUUUAAACCACAGAAUCAUACCUUCUUUUUUUUGCUGGAUAAUUUCCAGCCUUCUUUUCCAUUAAUUUAGAAUAGGGGAAGAUUGAUGUUAAUGAUAAGGAAAAUAUCUUAUCCCUUAUAAUCAUCUUUUUUGUUUGUUUGGGGGGGCGGGGGCAGACAUUUAUUGAUCUAGAUUGGUAGAAUAUGUGUGAUAAUGUUUACUGUUUAACAAGUCAUUUGAUUGCAUUACAUAACAAUGUAAAGUACUGAAUGCUAAUUUUAAAGUAAGAAAUGUACAUGAUGCCUUAUGGCCUUGCCUUUUAAUUUCUUUCUUUUUUAAAGUACAGGCAUUUGUGAACAAGCUCAUUUAAUCAGAUAUAUGUGAAAGUCAUGUUGAAAUUGUCUUUAUUUUAAUUUUUUAUUUAAAAUUUGUGAUUUUCAUAAUCUGGAAUAACUCAGUUUUCAGUUUUUGAAAAGAUAUGAGAUAAAUAGUCCUAUACAGUUUUGCUCAUUCUAUUCUUUCAUUUUUCACCUCUCUACUUUGCUUUCUUACUCUACAUCUUAUUUCCCUUUCUAUUGGCCAUUUUGCAUGGAUUGUACGAUCCAAGAUGUGCUGCCAGUAGAUAUUGAUCACUUUCGUUAAAAAAUAUUUAUUACGUUUACUGAUACUUCUGUAUCUUGCUUUGAUCUUGCCCUUUUCCCUAUUGUUUCAACAAAUGGAAACAUUUAAUUUUGAUCCCUCGUAAUAAUGACUGUUAAUUUGUGAGAGGGGGAUUCUUCUUUAAGUUGUACUGAUUUUUAGUAAGACCAUAGUUGUAUAAGUAAACCUGUUAGUUAAACUUCCUGUUUCUCCCACAGGUGCAGGCGUCAGAAAUUGUGGAACAAAACUGAAUUCAUGCACUUCUUUUGUUAUGACCCUAUCUAUUUCAUAAUCCAUCAAAUCAAGAAUGGUUUGGAGGCUCCCAAAUAUGACAAAUAAAAUUGUUACAAUGCUGAUUAGACUUACAUGUAGAUGGUCUUUACUCUUUACUUAGUGACAUCCAAUUUUCCUCACAUCUUCCUUCUCUUUUUGUUACUAUGAUAACAAGUGUCCAUAACAUUGAAGUCUUCCUGAACAUUUUAUUCAAAUGUCACAGUUUCGUUACUUUGCUUUCGAUUUAUAUCAAUUAUUCAAAAAUGUUUCCUUUAUGGUUUGACUUUUGCAUUUUAUGUAUUAUCAUUUUAUGUAUUUUCAUUUCUCAAAUGUCACCUUGAUUUUAAGCAAAUUAAUUCAAAUCUUGCAAGUCCCAUGAAAUUGUUUGUUUCAGCCAGUGAGGUGUGGGAGGGAUUAAUUUAAAGAUGACGUUACUUUUGUACACUUAGCUAAAACAGAAUUAAUCAUGGCAAUCUAGUAUCAUUUUAUUGUUUUUGUAUACAUUUAGACAAACAGUAUUCCAAUGCUGUUUUUGACUUAGUUGAACAAUGUGCUAGAAUGUAAUUGCGAGUUGUAUAUUUACCAUAAUCAUCAAAACCAACAUCGUUUGUAAAGUAGUACAUUCAUUUGAUGUACAGUGGUGUUGGUGAACGCAUUGGGGGCACCAGCCCCCCCCCCCCCCCAAACAACAACAGUUUUCACCAAACUUGCAUAAGGAAAGAGAGAGAGAGAGAGAGAUGAGAUGGAAAAGGAGUAAGACGACUAGAGAUUGGUCACUUAACUUGAUCUCAUUUCAUCUACCUAUUAAAACCAGUGCCCCCACAAUGACUUGACCUAGACUAGUCUUCAUACAAGGGCUCCACAUUUUGGGGAAGGGUUUCUAAACAUUUCAGAAUUUGGAGGUUCCGUACUUAGAUUUGGGCGCCCAAGUGUCCUGGGCGCAUGUUAUUGUUCAUGACUUACUGUAUUCUGUAGUAAUAAAGUUAUCAUUUUUGAAUUUUCUCUCCAUUGCAUUAUUCAUAUUCGGUAUUUUUGAUUUCUUUUUAAUCAAACCACAACACUUUACAACCUUUAUGUAUUGUUUGAACAUUUCAUUAUGCACAAUUUGCCUUUUUGUGUUCUUUUCCAUGUGCCAAGGAGCAUUUCAUUUUCUUUCUUUCUUUUAACAAACCCAUUUAUUGCUCUUCCAACACUUUGUAAUAUUAUCAUAUUUUGUAAAAGUUGGUAAUAUUAUCAUACUUUGUAAAAGUUGGUUUAAAAUUUGUAUAGGAGAGAAAUGUUGGGAAAGGUCUAUGUUCAGUAAAAAUGUUCAUGUUAAGGGAAAACACUGUUUUAAUUGUUUUCAUUUAGAAGUGCAAGGGGUAGAAAACACUUUGAAGUUGAUUUUCACUCUCUCUCGUAAACACACGUUUGUAGACUGAUAUGUCAUGGUUCAGUCUCAUUGAUAAUUUUAAAUGUCUUUCAUUGUUCCAUUUUUAGAGACCAUAACCGACUCAAAGCAAAGUUCUUAUGUCAUUGUUUGUGAUUGCAUGGUAAUUUAUUGUAAUUGAAAGCUAUCUGCUUUGAGCAAACUAGUUUACUGUAAGAGCAGAAAUAUGUAAUUAUAAACCCUAAAUUAAGUAUGUAAUUGUUUAUGUGUAAAUAUAUACAUAGCUAAUCAACAUAAAAAUUAUAUAUAUAUAUUGUUAUCCUGCAUGUUUUAUGUAGGUAUCUUGUUUUGUUUGUUGUUUGUUUGCAUGACUGUUACAAUACAUAAAUAACUAUUAUCAGUGGCAAAACUUCAAUGUAUGCAAAACAGACAAUGAUGAAAGAAAAUAAAAGAGAAAAUUAUUUUAUACUCAUAUCUAUAAAAUAAA